CUGUUGACUUGCCUCUGUGCUCAUCUGUGCUUCCCUUUAGAGGAUUUCCUAAGAAUGCACAGGUGACAAGUGUUCACACCUCAUGGGGAAAAUGAGCCAACCGGGAUCAGCUCGACUUAAGAUGAAAAGCCAAUCGUGAGGAGUGUCUGGGGGUGAAACGCAAAGAGUAAGAUUUGAGAAACACAGUAAUUUUCCCAAAACUGUGAAAGAAGCUGGAGCUGGACCAGAGGAUGAGGUUCACUUAAGACGGGUAAACAGCUGCCUCUGCAAUCUUCAUACUCGAUUAAGAUGGGGGAUUAUAACUGGACAUUCUCUGGCAAUGAUAGCGGCACAUCCUCUGCCCCCACUGUUUCAAUUCACAACAACAACUCCUCCCCAGGAACUGAAAUGCCUGACAGUGUCACCACUUAUGCCACUGCUGUCGUCUUCAUUAUUAUAUUUAUUGUUGGUCUCCUUGGAAACACGUUGGUUAUUUACGUGGUGGUCCGAUAUGCCAAGAUGAAGACUGUGACCAACCUGUACAUUCUCAACUUGGCCUUGGCUGAUGAACUCUAUAUUCUCGGCAUUCCCUUUCUGUGCACUCAAAAUGUGCUGUUCUACUGGCCUUAUGGGGAGUUCCUGUGUAAAACGUACAUGACAGCUGAUAUAAUGAGCCAGUUUACCUCUACGUUUUGCCUUACGAUGAUGAGUAUUGAUCGUUACCUGGCUGUGGUUCACCCUAUGAGGAGUGUCAAGUGGAGAAAGCCAAAGGUGGCAAAGAUACUCAACGCAAUGAUGUGGGUAGUUUCCUUUCUCAUUGCUUUGCCAGUAACAAUCUUUUCAAAUGUUCAAGACAAUUUUAACAACUGCAACAUAACAUGGCCCGAGCCCAAUAACUUGUGGUCAAAUGUUUUCAUCCUCGUCACGGCCAUCUUGGGUUUCUUCGGUCCAGUAGUGGUAAUCUGCCUGUGCUACCUCCUACUUGUCAUCAAGGUCAGGUCAGCAGGUGCAAAAGCCGGGCUAACAAAGCGUCGAAAGUCUGAGCGUAAGGUGACCCGCAUGGUGGUGAUCAUUGUUCUGGUUUUCGUCCUGUGCUGGCUGCCAUUUUUUACCACCAACAUCGUCAACCUGGUUUAUACAAUCCCUGAGAGCAGCUUUAAUAUUGCAAUCUACUUCAUUCUGGUCAUAUUAACCUAUGUCAACUCGUGCUCCAAUCCCAUCCUCUAUGGCUUCCUGUCUGAUAACUUCAAGCAGAGUUUCCAGAAGGUGCUCUGUUUCAACAAACCCACUGAGGGCAUUACAAUGGAUCAGCAGGCCCUCACACCAAACCUAGAUCGAGCAUUGCCCACCCAAGUCCCAGCUUCACCGAGAGUAAAGAAUGGUACAAUGGGUAAUCAGUGCAUUCAAAUGGAGAGGAGUGCCCAAACCAACAAUGAGCAGUUGAAGUCCUCCAUGUUGUAAACUUUAAAAUUGGACAAUUUCAAGUUUUUUUAUUGGACUGGGGAUGCACCCUAGUCUAUGUGACUAAAGAUACUGAGAACACAUGGAACCAAUUUGUACAGUUCUUUAUAUUGUACUAUACAUUUGUUAUGUGUCUGGUUGUAUUGACUUGUUAGU